AUGCUCGCCCGUGCAACCCUCCGCACCAGCGCCUCGGCCUCGGCCGCCGCCCAGCAGCUCGUCGCCCGCCGCGCCUUCACGACGACGCGUGCCCGCCUCUCCUCGCCCUACCACUACCCCGAGGGCCCGCUCUCCAACCUGCCGUUCAACCCGCGCAAGAAAGGGUUCGCAAUUGGGUACUGGACCUACUGCUUCGUUGGAUUCUUCAUGCCGUUUGGUAUUGCUGUCUGGCAGACUUACCAUCCUGCCAAGCACAAUGGCUCCAAUUCUCCACAAUUGCAGCAUUUGCCAACACGAAGCAUGAGAACUCCCAUCAUCAUGAGCCAGCAUGAAGUCAAGCUGUCGGAGCUACUCCGGCACCCGGACGACCUUGACAAAAUCGCGGCGCUCAAGGCCGAGUUCACGCGCAAGAAGGCCGCCGUCGACUCGCAGCUGCGAGCGGGCCUGCGCGAACAGCUCGAGACUACCCAGGCCGGCAUGAACGGCCUGGCCGACGGCCAGAAGACGGUGCAGCAGAUCAAGGACGAGAUGAUCAAGAUCGACAAGAUAUGCUCCGAGUCGCAGAACAUGAUCUCAGACUUCGCGACAAUCAACCUCGUCUCCCAGGCCCACCGCAACUUUGGCGCCGUCGAGGCCAUGCGCCGUAACCUCGAGACCUUCAACGACCGCCUGAGCGCCAUCCAGGAGAUGCUGCGCCGCGACGAUGAAGACGCCGAGAACAUGCCCAACCUGCUGCCCGUGCACUACGAGCUGACGCAGUUGCGCAACAUUCGAGACGACGCCAUCGAGCAGAUUCAGCGCGCCGACGACCCGAGCCUGCAGUCGACGCUGGAGGAUUACUUUGAGCGCUUGGACCAGGCCAUCGAGUGGUUCGACGAGCACAUCAAUCUCAUCGCGAGGAGUCUGAUCAACCUUGUGGUGGCCGACAACACGAGUUUAGUAGUGCGCUUCGCAUUGAUAAUAGAAGCAGAAGAGCGGAGCGAUCAGAGGGUGCUCGCGCUCCAGGAGGCGCUCAAGGACCACAAGGAGAUGGCGACGCGGUUCCAAAGUAUUACGGACGGCGCAAAGAAGGUGCGCGGAUACAAGGACAAGUUCCUCGAAUGCAUCAGGAAGAUUGGCGGAGGCCAGUUUGAGCAGAGCAGGGAAGAGUUCAUGGGGGACCCGGCCGAGCUGGAAAAGAGCCUGCGGUGGUACUUCAACGACCUGAACACGGUCAGGUUGGGCAUGGUGCAGUUGAUGCCCAAGAAGUGGAAGAUUUUCAAGACGUGGACAAACAUUUACCACAACAUGAUGCACGAUUUUUUGAUUGGCAUCAUCGAGGACCCCCAAGCCAGCUCCGCGCACACGCUGGAAAUUGUCGGCUGGCCCGAGAAAUACUACCGCAAGAUGGCUAAGCUAGGGUUCAAGCAGGAGGAGCUGACGCCGCACGUCAUCGACAACCGCGAGACGGAGCUCGUGCGCGAUUUCCGCGCACUCAUCAUCAAGUUCCUGGACGAAUGGAUCGGCCGCAUUUGGACUCAGGAGAUCAAAGAGUUUUCCGAGCGCAACGUUGAAGGCGCGAACCUGGACCAGGACGAGUACGGCUACUUCCGGAACAAGAACCUGGUCGAUUUGUGGAGGAUGCUGCGCGGGCAGCUCGACGCCGCGGCCAACUCGAAGCGGGCCGACGUGGCGGAGGGUGUGGUAGACGCCAUGUUCCAGCGGCUACGGCAGCGGCAGCAGAACUGGCAAAAAAUGCUCGAGGACGAAGCCGCGCGGUACGAGACGGGCAAAGUGGUGGACCUGGAGGGUUUCCAGCCGCUGCAGGACUGGCUCGUGGCGACGGCCAACGACCAGAUCGCGUGCAUCGACGAUAACGAGGACGAGGGCCGGGUGGCGUACCUGACCGACUUCAAGAAGAAGUUCAGCACGCUCGUGACGCCUCAGUACAUGGACCGCGCCGAGGCUGAGGUGGCCGCCCUGCGCGACGGUUACCUCGACCUCAGCACGUGGUGCAUCACCAAAUUUGCGCAGCUCGUCUUCGCCGUCGACUUCAAGACGGUCAUGCCUAACUUCUUCACGCCCCGCUGGUACACCAGCACGGACAUGGCGCGCAUGGUCGCCACGUUUGAGGAGUACGUAGGCGACUACCGCAUCGUGUUGCACCACUCACUGGUCGACAUCUUCAUCGAGAUCUUUGCCGACGAGCUGCUGAUCCGGUACUUAUCGUCGGUGCGCAACAAGGGCGCCAAGUUCCGCCGGUCGGACCAGUUCCAGGACAAGAUCUUUGACGACCUUAAGACGGCGUUUGACUUUUUCAACAGCCUUCCGAACCCGGCCGUGGGCAACUCGAUUAAGGAGACGUGGCGCGUGACCGAGCCGUUUCUGCAGCUGUUGUCAGUCGAGAAGGAGGCUGUGUCGGACACGUUUGCCGCGUUCAAGGCGGCCUACUGGGACCUGCAGAUUAGUUGGGUCGAGGCGGUGCUGCGGUCCAGAGAUGACUUUGAGAGGAGCAUGCUGAAUGCUGUCAAAGCGAGGGCCGCGCAGAUGGAUGUGGUGAGGGGCCCCGAGACGAUAAUGAGUAAGGUCAAGUGA